UGCCUUUCGGUACAGCUGUACCAUCCAUUCUUUCUUCAAAUCACAUUCAUUUCAAGAGUCUGAGACUCGUUCGUUCAUACAGUACUCAGCCUCUUCGCUGACCUGACGCUGUCAAUCUCCAUUCGAUAUCUUUCUUCAAGCCUACAUUGUGAACGAUGCAUUCUAUCAUCUUCGCCAUUACGGCCGCUUUGGCUGCUACUGCCGCUGCUUUUGACUGCCACGGCCCCUACUUCAGUUUCUACAACCGUCAUGGCCCUGCUAUGAGCUCGCAGCGACUUGAUCCCGCUCUGUUCCCUGGCCAACAGAGUCCUCAUAUGCACGACUUCGAUGGCGGAAACGCUCUCAGCGCUGAUGUUUCCUACGAGAGCCUGCAAGGUUCGGACUGCACCACUGCGCGUAUCAAGCCAGACAAGAGUUUGUACUGGCGCCCGGCUCUCUACUGGAACGGAAACGGUACUGGCAUGUACCCCGUGCCGAACUCCUUCCUCAAGAUCUACUAUAAGUUUGGCGAUAACGGCAACGCCAAAGCUAAGAACAUCUCCGAGUUCCCCGAAGACUUUUCCAUGAUCGCCGGUGACCCAUUCAGGCGGUCAGAAGACGAGAAGAACGAGGCUGGCAUAGACUGGACUUGCAUUGGCGAAGACUACUCGAGGAUCACGGCGAAGGGCUUCCCUACUGGAUUCACUUCUUGCGGUCAAGGCUUGACCACUCAGCUUACCUUUCCUUCUUGCUGGAACGGCAACGCACUCGACCCGAAGAAACCGAACGCACACAUGGCCUACCCAUCCGGUGGCGGCUCGGGUAUCGACGCCUGCCCAGAAGGCUUCCAAGCUGCUCGCUUCCCCGCAAUCUUCAUUGAAUUCUGGUGGGACGUCAAGGCAUUCGACGGACAGUACAGUGCCAAUGAUAACCCCUGGGUCCUCGCUCAAGGUGACCCAACUGGUUUCGGAAUGCACGCUGACUUCAAGAACGGUUGGGCAAAGGGUGUUCUAGCCAAGGCCACCUCUGACGAUGGGUACUGCAACUGUGGAUGCGGAUGUGGUGACGACCAAAUGAGGGAGUGCUUUGGUGCCGAGAACGUCAACAACGAUGCCGAUAUCUCAACCUGUGCCGCCAAAUCGGCCUUCGCUGACGAGGCUGGUGUUGUCGAGAAGCUCCCCGGCUGCAAUCCAAUCCAAGAGGGGCCCGGAGAAGCCACCGCCGUUUCUGGACCUGACUGCACUGCCGCCGCUGCUCCGGGUGCUGGUGACGCGACCUCUGCCGUUGCGUCAGCCACCAGCGCCGCCGCUUCUAUCAUCUCCUCCGCUGCCUCUGAAGCCAUCAGCGCCGUUUCGAGCAUUGUCGCUACCAUUGCAGACAUCGAGUCGACAGCGACUCCCGAGUCUACGUCCAACCCUGCCCCCGAAACGACGUUGGUGAGCAAGAGCCGCCAUGGCCAUCACCACUACCACACUGCAGUCCCGGGCGGUGCAUCUGAGGCUCUUCCGGCGGAUGCCGAGAGCAGUGAAUGCACCAACGCAGCCACUGUGACAGUCACGCCACCUCCGGUUACCGUGACUGUCACAGCUACAGCUGCUGGCGGGUACGCCGUCGACAGGAGGCGCCGUAGGCACAACUAGAUGUGGUUGUCUUCAGUGGGGGAUAUUGAAUGGGUGGAGGGAGCCUAGAAGAUGGUGUGCUGCUGACAUCGAGUAUUUUCCUCCCCAACGCGUCGCCGUGCUUCGUUUUCUAUAACUUGUCACGAUUUUCAUUGUA